UGAAGCAAGUCGUGUGGAUGACGGUGUGAAGCCUAUCACCUGCCUCGCUGUUACACUGUAGCUAUACACAGACCGCCACGCCAUAUGCAUGAAGAGCUCUCUUUGUUUUGCUUCCCUCUUACAGGUGAUGAAGAUGAUGAUGAUGAUGAUGAAGCUGUGGAAUUUGCUUUUUCUGUUUUGUUUUCUCAACCCUGAAGCAGAAGGUCAUAUCAGCCUGCCGAUGAAUCACACUGUUGUGGUAGAACUGGAUUCAAUGAGCAGCAAAGUUACCAACGUCUCGCUACACUGCGGGGAGGCCUUCAAGGAUCUCGAGGUCUACUGGGAGAAGAAGAAUCUGCGGCGAGGCACGGGAGUCCAGCUGAACAUCAAGGUGGAGGACUUUCUGCAUGGGGGCAACUACACCUGCCACCGCAAGGAUAACAAAGAGGUACUCAACUACACCAUGGUUCUGGUCCACAAGACGAGAGACAGCCAAGGAGACUACCCGAAAACAAUCCUGCAGAAGCUUUCUGAGAAAAGUUACAUUAAAUGUGAAUCCAACAGCCACUGUGGAAAAUUUGAGUGCUCCUGGAAUUUUGAUGUCAAUUCACGAGGUGUCGAACUCCUAGCCAGUGCCCACCGGUCAUCUGGGUCUUCAAUGGAUGGCAGCAUCCAGUGCACUAUCAGCACAAAAGAGAAGAACAAAGCCAUAUGUGAAGAAGUGCGUUUUUGCCCUUACCGAGAAGAGUCGGACCAGGUCACAUUUGUGCUGCACAUCAUCCACGGCACACAGCUAGAAGAGUAUGUUGAAAAAUUCUUCUUGUCAGACAUCGUAAAGCCAGAUAAGCCUCAAGACAUCGAGAAAAAGAAUGCCAGCACUGUCGUGUGGAAAUAUCCCAGUACCUGGAACCAUUCCUCUACCUUCUUCCCUCUGUACUUUGAAGCCAAAGCCAUCAAAGGAGGAAAAAACUGUGAUGAUGAAAACGGGCAAAAGAGAAGGAAGGAGAGCUCAACUAGUGUCUUCACUGAAGAUCUUCAUUUCAGCAGCAGAUGUUCAAAGUGUACUGUCUGCAUUCGGGCCAAGGACAGGUUCCACAACUCUUCAUGGAGUGAGUGGAGUUCAGUGAACAUGUAGGUAUCCUUCAGCCUCAGUGCGCCCUACAUGUUGGAAAGUGUUCUCAAUAAUUCAUUUGCUCUGCACUGCCUGCUGCCCACCUGUCCAUCCACCUGUUUGCCAGCACUGCCUUCCCAGUUCUCUAAGUGUUGGCUGCUCACAUUCAGUACCCAUAUCUCUUUACACUGCCCAUGCACCAAACCCCAAGCACAUGCAAGGGAAACAACAGGAAACCAUAACAAGUCUACCAGCCUAAACCUGCUAUUGAACAUCUCAUCUGGAGAGUUAUGGCCUCACAAUGAAAAGUUUUAGCUCCCCUUGAAUUCCAAACAAUCGCACACUACACAGAGUCAUUAAGUGACUGGCUAUGUAGGUGGGCCAAGCUGUACCAUCAUCUGUAGAGGCAGGGACCUGCCACCCUGACCCUCUGCAACAAGACUGGUUGAAGACCUCCCUCUUAAUGGCUCAGAGUCUCAAACUGAGUCCAUUUAGUUUUGCUGCUAUGCCACCACCACCCCUUAGUGACCUGGUCCACUCUGUGUCACCAGACAGCUGCCUGGUUUUCUCAGAUAGUCUUUGCUGGCAUUUCCAUUUGUCGAAUGUACAAAGUGCAGUCAGAGGCUAUUUGUUCAUGAAAGAAUAAUUUUGGAAAAUGAACUCAACACAAGAAAAUGUAAGCAAGAUGAUGAACAGAGCGCACUGCAUCAGAGUAUUAGUGUCUAUACACAUGAAUCCAUUUUCAGUAUUUGAGGCUUCAAAAGUAUCCCACAGUGUCAGACAAA